AUGAAGGGCAUCCUUGUUGCUGUUAUCAUCACAGCAUUUGUGGUUGCAGCUGUAGAAUCCCUCAGUUGCGUGCAGUGUAAUUCAGUGACAAACUCUUGUGAAAACAGCAGCGUCUCUCAGUGUCCCGGCAAUGCCAAUGCCAGCUGUACCAGUUUGGUGGCCAGCUUUUCUCAAGAUCCAGACCACACAUACCAGGAUAAGGCCUGCUCUGUGGACAACUGCCUAGGAGAGAGAGACAUGGUUGAAACCAUCAUGGUCCAUGUGUCCAAUACAGAAUACUUCCAUUUUACAAGCCAGUGCUGCCAAGGAAAGAAGUGCAAUGACACCAGUGAUGCUCUGGCUCCUCCACUGGAAGAUUCAUCCAGCAACAUAGAAUGUCCUGCAUGUUAUGGAUCUAAUGAAAGUUCCUGUAGUGUGAAAUCCAGGAAAUGUCAUAAAGAAGAACAGUGUGUCGAUCUAGUUGCGGAAUUUAAGAAUGAGACCAAGAAGCUCGUGCUGAAAGGCUGUUCCAAAAUCAGUAACUCCACCUGUCAGUUCCUGUCUGCUGAGAACCAGACAAUUGGAGGAAUCAUCUUCCGAAAGUUUAAGUGUGUAGACGGUUUCAGCUCCUCCUCAACUGACAUUCCUAAUCCCCCCCCAACCAACCCUCCUGUCAGCAACUCCAGCACCUCUUCAGCACCCAAUUCCAAAAAGCCCACCAGCCUGGACUCGGGCUCCAGAGUCUCCUUCACUCCUGCAGCCUUUGGCAGCCUCCUCCUGCUGAGGCUGCUGCUCUGAGACCCAUCCUGCCCUCAACUGCCCCUCCCUCCCCCUAUUUAACUGCUCAGUUAAUUGCAGCCACAGCCCUUCUGGCAAAGCUCAGUGACAGCCACAUUUUUCUCCAUUAUUAAAGGCUGGCCAAGUCUGUCCUGAUAGGUUCCUUUGAGCUGCUGUCCAUCACCACUUCCCAGUCCCUUGCAUUUGAAAUCUGUGCACUUUAGUGUGUGGCUCCCAGGACUCCCCUAAACCCUGCCCACCUUACUUCUGAGAAACAGACCUUUUCACCUUGUUGGCAUUUUCUGCCUACAGCCCUGCACUUCUGGGGACUAACACGCCACCAUUCCCACCCACACACUGAGGGCAUGCCCAAUUGUGCCUGUAAAGCCCUGUGUUGACCCUUCUGUGAUUGUCCUGGUUCUGGUGACAGGUCCACAGGGACAUUAUCCACAGGGCCCAAAGAAGGGUGCAGAGGGGUUGCUGAAGGCUGGCAGUCUCCCUUGCCUAACCUCUUGGGGAGAGACAUAAUGCUUUUGGUGCUCCCACUGACCAGAUGUCUCAUAGCCUUGUUCAGAAUGAAAUAGCUACAGAACCCUAGUCCCCCUUCCCAGAGAACCUGCAAUUGAAAGCAGAGCUUUUGACUCCAUAUCAGAGACCUGGGGAGCAAGAAAGCUA